ACAACAACAAGGACAACAAGGAGGACCACAACACCCACCACGGUCAGGACAAGCAGGACAGCGACGACAACGAUGACACCAGCAGCCACAACAACGAGCACAGCAGCCACACUGAAGACAGCGACAACGGCCCCUGCCACUUUCACAGAGACAACAACCUCUGUGACUACAGUUGUCACCCAGAUGGCGGUUCCCAGCAGCCCUUUCCUGUAUGCUACACUCAUCCCCUCACUGAUUGUGAUCCCCUUGGUGCUUAUCUGUAUCUGCUGCUACAAGACGGUCAUCAAGGAGCCACCAUCAGCCCAAAGACCAGAAAAGCCAUGCCCUGUACAGACCACAGUGAUUGUCUCCUGCUGUGAGUGCCAAGAAGACAGGAUAAGCCAGAUGGAGGGAAAACUGGAUGUUUUUUAUAACUUUCUUCAGCGCUGCAGCCUGAUGCCAUUGAUAUGGUAUCCAACCAGAGACAUGGGAAGAUGCCCCAACUUCGCCUUAAUGAAUCCUCAGUGCGCACCAAUGCUCUGUGGCCCAAAGAUCUGCCCUCAACCCAGGCAGGAGUGUUUCCCCCUAAAUAGCUGUAGCUCUCACUGGCAACAUCACCAACCCAUACGCACUCAGUCAUUCUCCAGAUUCCUGCCGCUGAGCCCUCCCACUGCCAAUAAGCUCUGCAGAAGUCCUUUGUCACUCCCACCCCCAUAGCCCAAUGUCUAAAGCACCAAAAACACAAACUGUUAAGAGCCCCUUUUGUACCAAA